UGGGUUGAAGUUCGAAAGAAUAGAAAAACAACUAUGAGUCAAAAAGUAUUAGACGCGUUACAGGUUCACACGUAGAUGUUAAAAUAGAAACAUCAUGAAUUUCUAGACUGCGGCCCUUGCAAUACAAGCGCCUUGACGCUUAGAGCUAUGCUGCCACCUGGCCGUUUGUCAAGCAGCUGCACAACAACUCUCUCAGGACUUAUGUGUGAAGACAACAAAGGAAACAGCUCACCAGGCUACAUGUCUACAUCACGCUGACCAGGCUACAUGUCUUUUCGUGCGGAUCCACAGACAAUCAGUUUCUCGAAGACAGGUCAGUCUUCGACUCUUUGGACCAAAUCCCAGCCGCAGCCGCUCCAACUCGGACCGUUGGCGCCAUGGAGACGACGGACUCGAGCCAGCCGGACUCGCCGUCGCCUUCCUUGCUGGUGGAUCACCUGGUUUGGUGUGUGCCUUCGGUGGCUGAAGGAAUCGAUCUCUUUGAAGCCAUGACAGGUGUCAAAGCCUGUAUUGGAGGGCAGCACCUUGGUCUUGGUACUCACAAUGCUCUCAUUUCUUUGGGAGAAGGUGUUUAUCUGGAAAUUCUGGCGAGGGAUCCCGCACAAGAUGAAGGGAGUUGGCUUGGAAUUGACUGUCCCAGAAAGCCAUGUCUGACGACCUUUUGUGUACAACCCUCUGGUGGUAGUCUUGAAGAAAUUGCAACAUCCGGCUGUGACAUUGGCACCAUCAAAGAUUUCUCCAGAGAGAAUACAGAAGGCAAAACGUUGAAUUGGAGGCUUGCGGCGGAUCAUCAUAGCUUAGGCUACGAAAAGCUACCCUUUGGAGGGCUGGUUCCUUUCAUUGUCGACUGGUCAGUGAACCAGUUGGCACAUCCAUCGGCCAUUUCACCCAAAGGAUGUCGCCUCGUUGAGCUUAAAGCAUUUCAUCCAAAUGCCAUUGAGCUCCGAAGGCGUUUGGAGGCCUUGAAGGUGAAAGAUGUCACGGUGGAACAUGGAGACACCUCUCGCUUGGUGGCCACUUUGGACAGCCCAAAAGGCCAAGUGACGCUCGCUUAACUGUCGGAGACUGCUGCGAACCGGCCGAGACCAAAAAGC